CUAGAUAUUUUGCAUCAUGAACUUUCAUCUUUCUGUAAGUUGAAGCAUAAUUUCAUGAAAAUAUCUGAUGGGAUAUAUGUAUCUGAUCAAUAAUAUAUUGUAUUCAAUGCGACGUAUACACUAGAAGUCUCUCUCUCUCUGUCUCUCUCAUGUGGGCGGCGUUUAUCUAUUUUGGAUAUGGGCGAAUCUCAUGCUUGUGUCAUAUUGUGGACUGAUAUUUGCUAGUCAUAUAAAAGGGAGCUGAGUUACUUAUGUGGGGGAGGCAGACUGAUUAAUCCGUUUUCUGGAAACCACCAUUGACUUUUGUAUAUAAUCAAAUAAGAGAAGUGGUGAUUUCUAUUUGGAUAAUCCAGUUUUGAGAAGUUUUGGGUUGGCAAAGAUGGAUGGAGGAAAGAAGCAAAAGAAGUUUCUUACAGUGGCCCCAUUUGAGUGUGUGUGGCUUAUGGAAAGAUUCCGAGAUGCCGGGCGUGGGUGUGUGACUUUCGAAGCAUUUGCUCGAAAUGACAUCACAGUGGUGUUCAGGGAGCAUGCAGGUACUCAGAAUUACCAUUACAAGACUGACAAUACUCCUCACUAUACUGUUAUACUUGGAAGCCAUAGGAACAGGAGGCUCAAGAUCGAAGUAGAUGGCAAAAGCGUAGUGGAUGUUGCAGGUAUUGGGUUGUGUUGUACUUCCGGCUUCCAGAGUUAUUGGAUUAGCUUCUGCGAUGGUCUAAUUAGUAUAGGUAAGGGCCAGUACCCUUUCCAAGAUGUGGUCUUCCAAUGGCUCCACUCAGAACCAAACUGUAAGGUUCAGUAUGUGGGACUUAGUAGCUGGGACAAGCAUGUUGGAUAUAGAAAUGUGACAGUGAUGCCCUUGCAUCAAAUGAACUACAUUACUCUGCAAAAGCAUGUGAAUAACACAAUAUUGGACUUGAGUGAUGAUGAAGAAGAAGAUGGGUUCAAUGCCUAUGAAGGAUGGGGCCUUGGAAAAUUUCUAGAGAACUGGGAUCUUCAUGAUGUGUUCUUUGUUGUGGGUCUCGAGGAAAAGGUGAUUCCUGCACAUCGGGUCAUUCUUGAGACCUGCAGUAGCUUCGGUCGCCUUUUAUUGAAUGAAAAUAAUGUGAUCAGGCUUCCUUCUAUUUCCCAUCCAGUCCUUCAUGCUCUCCUUCAGUAUAUCUACACUGGGCGAUGUGAGAUUAUGGAGUCUCAGCUUGGUAGAUUAAGAGAUUUGAGCAAAGAGUUUGAAGUUACAGCACUCGUUAAGCGAUGUGAAGAAUUAGUGAAUCGAUCCAAAUCGAGGAAUAUUUUGUUAGAACCUGAUAAGAAACAUGAAAUAGUACACACGAGCUUCAAGGCACACCGAUGCACUGUCUUUCCCUGUGAGCUUCCCAUUGAUGUGCUGAAACUGAAGCAGUUGCUUAUAAAUGGUGAGCACAGCGAUGUCGAUAUAUACAUUGAUGGGAAGGGUCUCAUUGCUCGAUGUCAUAAACUCAUUCUCAGUUUAUGGAGCAUUCCUUUUGCAAAGAUGUUUACAAAUGGAAUGAGCGAAAGCAAAUCUUCAAGGAUUUGCCUGAGGGAUGUCCAUGCAGAUGCCUUUUUGGCCAUGCUGCACUUCAUGUACACUGGUGAAUUCAAAGACAAUGAUAGCUGGGAAAUGGGUUCCCUGUUACUCCCCCUCCUUGUGUUGUCUGAUCAAUAUGGAGUUGAUUUUCUUCAGCAGGAAUGUUGCAAAUACCUAUUGGACUGUCUAUCAGAGGAAUCAUUGUGCCACAUUCUGCAAGUAGUUUCAUUGAUGCCAACAUGUAAGCUACUCGAAGAACUCUGUGUCAAGAAAUUCGCAAGGAAUUUUGACUAUUGCACGACUGCUAGUACGGACUUUGUGAAGCUCGAUGAGCCAACUUUCUUGAAAAUUUUACAGCAUCCCAGUUUGACUGUAACGUCCGAGGAAAGGGUUCUCGAUGCUGUGCUCAUGUGGUGUAUGCAAGCUGGUGAAGUUUAUCACUGGGAAACAUCGGAUGAGUUGUUAAAUGCUUGCACUCCUGAUCUUCUAUUCAGGGAUAGGAUUGGACUGAUUCAUGUACUGCUUCCUCUUGUACGCUUUCCACUAAUGCCAGUGACCUUGCUCAAGAGGCUGGAGAAGAGCAAUCUCAACAGGCAAAUUCCAGUAUUCCAGGAACUAGUGAAGGAAGCCAUUGAAUUUGCAGACACUUCAGCUAUGAAAAUUGCAAAUGAGCAGAAUAUGAGGUUCCAGCACAGACCCUCCAGUUUCAAAGAGCUUCAAUACAUAUGUGAUGGGGACCAGAAUGGAGUUUUGUAUUAUUCUGGCACUUCAUAUGGGGAGCACGACUGGGUUAAUCCUUUUCUUGCAAAGAGAGUUAUUGUGACGGCUAGCAGCCCAGCUUCUAGGUACACUGAUCCCAAGUCAUUGGUCUCAAGGACAUACCAGGCUACGUCUUUUGCGGGCCCUCGGAUAGUAGGAGGAAAAAACUGUGCAUGGUGGAAGAUUGACAUUGGCCAAGAUCAUGAGCUUAUGUGCAAUUACUACACGAUAAGACAAGAUGGUUCUACAGGGUUCACUCGUCAUUGGUCUCUGCAGGGCUCACGAGAUGCUGAAAAUUGGACUGACUUAAGAGUACACGAAAAUGACCGGACUAUAUGCAAGCCUGCCCAAUUUGCCUCAUGGCCAAUACACCCCCCAAAUGCCCUCCUCCCUUUUAGAUUCUUUAGGGUUUUAUUGACUGGGCUGACCACUAGUGACUCGAACCCGUGGAACCUAUGCAUGUGCUUCUUGGAGCUGUAUGGUUAUUUUCGUUGAUUCACAAUGCAUGAGCCAAACCUCUUGUGGGUGGCGUAUGGGCUGCAGGUGGCCUCUUAUCGCUCCCUGCCUGUGUAAAGUUAAUGUGGAUGAAGAAGAGAGUAUUGUUAUGUCAUUCGUUUGCUUGCAUUGUUGAGUUGUUGAAUGCUUUCCCCCCACCCGGCCUCCUUUUUGGAUGCUUUGUGUUUGUAUAUAUUCAGGCUUGUAUGUCUUGAUGGUUUUGUUAUAGUGGGUGCUGUCUAUGGUAGUUCAUAUGCAUGUGUGAGAGCGCUCUCUUUUGUAUGCGUACGUGCGCUUCUCUCUGUGUCACUCUCUCAAAUGGUUGGCUGAGAUAGAGGCAGGGUGUUAUACUACUGUGUGCGAGAGGGCGGGGUCAUACUCUUAAUUCUAUGGGAAGAUAUUCUAUGCUUAUCAUCAGUAUUGCUUGUGGCUGGCAGACCUGUCAUCCACCAUCUGUGUUCCUGUGGACAUAAGCCGCUUUCCGUUUCUAAUCCGCCUUCUUCAGUGGUGGUUGAUUUCAAGUUCCCAUGGAUAAAUAUGGGCGCUGCCUUCAGUUGAUUGCAACCUCCCAUGGAUAAAUAUGGGCGAUGGGUGGUAGGUCCGAGUAUCUGUAUUAUAGUUGCAAUUUUGCACCAUAAAUGAGAGCUGUUAGUGUGCGUAGUUUCAGAAAAAUGUUGCCCAUUUGUGCCCACUGUUCCUCAUGGUUUGGGCAUGAUAAUCCUCUUCUUUUUUUUGUUUUCUUAGGAGAUCAUGAUAUCAUGAUGUUGCUGAAGUGAGCAAAGAAGAAUUCGUUAGGGAUGGCUCGAAUGGGCAGUGAACUGUAGGCCCAAGACAUAAUUGACUGCUGAAUCGUCAAGAGGUUGCUGAAGUGAGCAAAGAAGAAUUCCUUAGGGAUGGCUCGAAUGGGCAGUGAACUGUAGGCCCAAGACAUAAUUGACUGCUGAAUCGUCAAGAGGAAGGAAGGUAGAUCCCGACUACGGCUUUCAAAUGUUUUGAGAUUACGUUCACUCUAUAGGUUCCAGAGCAUGGCUGAGAUAGAGAUCCCAGAGAGGGAAAAGGAGAGGCCCAAGCCUGUUGAAGCAAGGUGUGAAUAUGGCAAUGUCUGGGGAAACUCCAAUGCAUGGCUGAGAUAGAGAUCCCAGAGAGGGAAAGGAGAGGCCCAAGCCUGUUGAAGCAAAGUGUGAAUAUUGCAAUGUCUGGGGAAACUCCAAUGCAUGGCUGAGAUAGAGAUCCCAGAGAGGGAAAAGGAGAGGCCCAAGCCUGUUGAAGCAAGGUGUGAAUAUUGCAACGUCUGGCGAAACUCCAAUUUGAAAUAACCUGUAACCAGUCCCAAAGAGCACCAACAAAUGGGAACCGGAUGAAAUGGUAGUCAAUGGACCCACAGACCACCAACAAUUGGGCACUGGAUGAAAAGGUGGUCAAUGGACUCCUUGCUGUUUUUACACAACAGGCAGACAUUAGUGAGGAUCAUUCCCCUAUUCUGCAGGCAGUGACGAGUCUUCCCUGGCUCAGAAGCCACAAAAAGGUCUUUGACCGUGUGGAACUUUACAAUUCCAGAACUUGGCAAUAAGAGGCAUUUCCUCAAUAUAUCAAUCAACUGGACAGAGAACAUACCAUUAGGCUCCAGGUUCCAGAUAAUUGUGCCAAGCUUCCCUGGGUGGAAACAAUAAGGCAUGGAGCGAGCGAACGAGCUCAUAAGAGAUUGGAAUUGUUUUGCCACAACUGCAUCAACCCUUUCGAAUGUUUAGGUCUAAAUUCCAUACCAACCGGUCACCCGAGUACGAAUUCCUAUUUUUGGGUUGAUCUAUUGUACCGCUAUGGGUACAUAAUUUUCAGGGAGUAAAUCUCCCAGCCAUUUGGUCUGCCAAAACUUGGUUUGCAGUCAAUCGCCCAGCAGAAUUCUUGAGAGAGCUAGGAAUAAGAUUCUAACUCCUUGAAUCCCUUUCAAAAUUUGUGAUAGGAGGGCCGGUUAAGAGCA